AUGGAUAUCAACAACCACCACCACCACCACCACCACCACCACGGUGUCUACUCCAGUUUACAUCCUACCCAGGCAGUACACAGCCUAGCGUCUGAGGUUAACGAUGCGAAUCAAAAUAGGGCACACUUGAUCGUAGGUAUUGAUUUCGGCACGGUUUUCUCUAGUGUCGCUUUUGCCUUUGUGGCCAACAAUGAAGUUCGAGAAGACAUCAUCACCGAAUGGCCUGGCACUGGUACGCUUCCCAAGCAGGAAAUCCCCACCGUGCUAUACUACGAUGGACAUCAGAACGUGGUUGGAUGGGGCUUAGAUAUUGUUGAUGCUAUAGGCAGUAUUGGUUAUCCUAAAGCGGGCGUGCAAAAAGUCGAGUGGUUUAAGCAGCGGCUGAUGCUGUCUGGCAACGCUGAUAAUGAUCAUAUUGAGCCGUACCUGCCACAUGGCAAGUCGGAGAUUGAUGUUGCUGCCGAUUACUUCUGUAAAAUACGGCAAGUUAUACAUACACAUCUGCAGAAGACACUAGGUGAAGCUUUUAGACGUGAAGAAAAAAACAUUCACUAUUAUUUGACUGUGCCAGUUGUCUGCAGCGAUGCUGCCAAGGCGGCCACACGAGCAGCUGCCACACAGGCAGGACUUUUAAGUUCUGAAAACGAGACUCAGUUAACAUUUAUCGAGGGGCCUAAAGCAACUGCCAUGUAUUAUGUCAAAACUGGACUGUUCAAUUGGAAGCUGGCUGAUGCUAUCCUAAUUGUUGACUGUGGUGGUGGUACCGUCGAUUUGGUCGCCUAUGAAGUUACCAGGGAGAAUCCGUUCGCAUUGACAGAGUGCACGACUGGAUCUGGUGACUCAUGCGGAUCGAUUGCGCUCAGUCGUAACUUCGCCAAAAUGCUCCGUGCCAAGAUUCGUAGGCUUUCCUGGGGUGAUCGACCUGGACGGCUCUUUGCUAAAUGUAUAUCGGACUUUGAGAACCGCAUUAAAAGUGACUUCCACAACAACGGCCAGAAAUGGUCGAUUGAUGUUGGCGUUGAGGCCGAUUAUCCAGAGGCCGACAUUCAAGAUGGUUACAUGAGCUUCACAAAUGAGGAGAUUCUGCAGUGCUUUGAGCCAGUCGUUAAUCGCAUCCUAGAAUUAGUACACAAUCAAAUUAAUGCCAUUCAGGCUCAUGGUCAUCAGCUACAGAAUGUACUUAUUGUCGGUGGAUUCAGUGCAUCUGAAUAUCUAUUCCGCGAAAUAAAACUGCGCAUCCCUUCUCAGUUCCAGUCCAAAGUCGUGCGCCCGAUGGAUUCAGCUUCCGCCAUAGUCAAAGGUGCUGUCAUGGUUGGUAUUGCAGAACGAGUAGUCACGCACCGCAUUGCCCAUCGGCACAACCUCAGCUCAGAUUACCCUCCAUCAUCGCACCAGUGA